AUUCCUGUCAUGUUUUAUCUGUCCUCGACAUUUCAAUUUGUUUCUCAUGUUCAGCAACCUUCCUUACCAGAAUUCAUCCAAUAUGUCGGCCACGCCCCCGGAAACCCCCGAGUCUGAACCACCUCCUAAGACAGUCGUCCCACACGUGCUGUGUGACUGCUGUUCCCGUAUCGUCAAGAAGUCGGAGAUCAUCCAGGCAUUCGCUGCCGGCAGACUGACAGAGUAUAUGGACACCACCCGUUUGAAGAACGCAUUAUCUUCUAAAUGGUUCCUUCACAAUUACAGCGUCAAUUAUCUCUCGAAAUCAAGCGCCACCGGGUGUCAUCUUUGUUCCUUGGCUGUUGCACAAUUCGAUUUAGAUCAUGACAGAAACUAUCAGUCUUUCGUGUCAAUUUUUGCAAGGGACAGGGGCAUUCGAGGACAUGCAGUCAUCUUCAGAUUUCAUCACACGUGUCUCCUCAAGUCUACGGACGAGCUCAUGAAACAGGUUUUGGACGAUUUCGAUGGCAUGGACACCCUACUAUCUCGGACUCUAGAUUUUAUACCCGGGGGUUACUUCACGGACCUCCAGUUGACGAGGGUUAUGAGUAAAGGUGCAGUAAACACCUUCCAGCCCCAAUCAAUAUCUACCGCACAGGCGUGGAUGAAUGGUUGUCUCCGGAACCACCCGAAAUGCCACCGAAAACCGUUUGGUAUGAGCAGUACGGAGCAUGAAUUGCUCCCGACAAGGCUAAUCGACAUUGGAACAGUCGAUGGAAAGCUUGCACCACGACUGAUUCUCACGUCAACCUCCGAAAACGUAUCGAUCCAAUACUUGACAUUAAGUCAUUCUUGGGCCAUAACUUCAACCGACUCGGCUUUGAAAUUGACAAGCAGAAACCUGGAGCUCCUGCAAAUACAUAUACCUAUAGAAGGCCUCCCGCGAACAUUCCAGGAUGCCUUGGAAAUUACCCGACGACUUGGAUAUCGAUACCUGUGGAUUGAUUCUUUAUGCAUUAUGCAAGAUUCGGAAAGUGACUGGCACAGGGAGGCUCUUUCUAUGAGCAGCAUCUAUGGCAAUUCAUCGUGCAAUAUUGCUGCUUUAGGGGUUGAUGGAGCCGACACUUGCUUCAGGCAACGGAAUCCGCUUCAGGUCAUUCCAUGCCAAAUCACGCAGCAACAGGAUGGAACUAGCAUCUACGCGGGUCCAAAGCUCGAGUUGGACACGCCUCUCUUGAGGCGAGGCUGGGUUAUGCAAGAAAGACUUUUAUCUCCGCGUGUUCUCUAUGCUGGAGCCGCACGACUUUUUUGGGAGUGUUGUUCCCACACGGCUUCCGAGGAUCUGCAAAGCUUAUAUGGAGAACAGCUUCUACGACAACCGAAACAGGCCUGUGUCUGGGUCGGAUUUCUGAAGGCCAACAAGUACUGCACCAAGUCGGAUUUUGAGUUGCUCUGUGGAUCUCAAACCUCUAGACCUGAAUCAGGCGAAAUGUCUCAAGGUCUGCCAGACCCCAGACUAAAAUUUGCUCAAGCCUGGUUAAAAAUAGUCAGAGGUUAUCAAAGGACCGAAUUCACCUACGAAUCAGAUAGGCUCAUUGCUCUUUCUGGAGUGGCCAAGGCCAUUGAACAUAGCAAAGGAUUCACAUACGUGGCUGGGACAUGGAAGGAACUCUGGCCCCUGGAUCUCUUGUGGUUGUAUUCUCAGCGGUACCCAUCCCAAGAGGAAGUCGGUUUUACGAUACCCACGGUGCCUUCGUGGUCCUGGGCUGCUAUAAAAUGGGACAAGAACUUUUAUCUGGAGAACCGUAUCGGCUUUUAUAUGGACCGAAUCACUUACCUGGCACAGUUUAAUGGGUUCACUUGUCCCACAUCCACAGCUCGAUACACUGGUUCGAGGGCAGAUGAGAAGGGAAUAAGACUCACCCUAAAAAGCCGGGUCAAGAGAGGGUUGGCGACCUGGAGAUCGAAGUGGUCUGGAUAUUCGGUGUUAACAGUGCGACCGAGCGACAAAGUAUGGGUUGAUGUUGACUGCACAUGGGACCCGGGCCAGACUCCAAAGCUAGGCGAAUCAGUGCACCUUUUGAUGCUAAUAUCCGGGAGCAACAACACGGGUUUCCCCUUUCACGUAGGACUGGCCGUGAUGCAGGCGGAGGGCGUACAGAAGAAAGACGGGCAGCCUUGCUACAGACGCGUGGGCUACUUCGAAGGGGAUUUUGGGAACCAUGAAACCUGGGACGAGGAAACGAUUUGUCUCUGUUGAUGGUUCCAUGAGAUAGGCAUAGGGAAAGGGAUUGGGG